CUAUAUCGAUAGAUCUAUAUAUAGAUAUAUAUAUCUAUCGUGAUAGGAGUUUAUAGCGUUACUAUUAUUCUAAUCAUGACGUACACAGAAACGUUUCCUCUUCUCCCCACAGACGUUCUGGAGGAAGAAGGUUGAAUCAGUAACGCGUUGAUCCCGAUCACAUAUUGAUGCUCUUUAUGACCCGUACAGAAGCAGGAAGCCCACCGCUGUGAUGCGCUGCAUGUGUCCGCUCUAUGACACCAACAGACGGGCCUGGAUCGAGCUGCAGCCAAUGAGCGCCGCCCGCCUCAGCCACGGCGUGGUCGCCGCCGAGGGUUUUCUGUUUGCGAUGGGCGGAGCAGAUGAACACAACACAGUUCUGGACAGUGGAGAGAAAUAUGACCCCGACUCCAACACCUGGAGUCCCAUACCCCCGAUGCUACAGGCUCGUCAGUGCUUCGGUGUGGUGGAGCUGGACGGUUUGAUCUACGUUCUUGGAGGAGAGAACAAGGACACGGAGCUGAUCACCGUUGAAGUGUUCGACCCUCACUUCAGUACCUGGAAGAUGCAGACCAGUAUGACCAUGAUCCGCAAGGUCGGCUGCUACGCCUCCAUGAACAAGAAGAUCUACGCCAUCGGCGGUGGCUCCUACGGGAAGCUGUUUGACUCCGUUGAAUGCUUUGACCCAAAAGUCCAGCAGUGGACGGGCCUCUGUCCUCUGAAAGAGAGACGGUUUGGGUCGGUGGCGUGCGGUGUCGGCCAGGAGCUCUACGUGUUCGGCGGAGUUAGAAGCAAGGAGCAGGACAACCCCGAGCAAAGACAGAUGCUGACCUGCAAGUCUGAGUUCUACCACGACGAGAUGAGGAGGUGGAUGCUGCUGGAUGACCAGAACCUGUGUAUCCAGACCAGCUCGUCCUUCGUUUGCGGCGCUGUGCCCAUCGGAGCCAGCAUCUAUGUGCUGGGAGACCUGGACACAGGAACGAGCUUCGACUACAUCCGGGAGUUCCGCCGCAGCACCGGGACGUGGCAUCACACCAAGCCCAUGUUACCCAGCGACCUCUCCAAAACCGCCUGCGCCGCACUGCGCAUCGCCAACUGUCGACUGUUCCGCCUUCAGCUGAGCCAGGGCAUGUUCCGGAUCAGGGUCUGACUGCGGGCCUCCAGCCAGCGGGCCUGUGUCGGCUCCCUGCUCCACGUUUGCACACUGGUACUUUCUACCUGCCUGUCUGCGUUUUGGGAUGUUAUGAACACUUAAGUGUUCUAGUCGCUAGAUAUUAGGGUUUAUACUUGACUGAGACUUGACAAGUUACAUUUUUUUAAUUACUUUUUUUAUAGACUUUUUUUUCCAUUUUAACUUUGGAUUUGACUGUUUUUAGCUUUUUAUUUCAAUAACGUACCUCAUUGGUUCUGUUUACUGGGGCUCUGGUUGCUUGCUGUAAACAACUCUUAAUAUGAACUUUAUCAUUACAUGAGGCAUUGACAUUUUAAAAGCACUGCUGUGUUGCCAUUAGUAUUUUAGGAUAUAGUAUGUUGUUUGGCGGUGGAUUGUUCAUCGUUAUGGUCCAAUUGGAGAUGACACCAUCAUUUGCCCUGAUAUAUAUAGAUAUAUAGAUAUAGAUAUAGAUAGAUAGAUAGAUAGAUGGAUGGAUGUCUAUCUAUGGAUG